UACCAUCAAGCAACAAUAAAUCGCUUCAAUACCUCUUGAUUAUAUAAAAUCAAUUUACUAAACCACCAACAUCCGUCUACCCGCCAACAAUCCCGCAAGUUAACCAUGUCCAUUCUCACCAGGGCCAUCUUCAGCUCGCUCACGCUUUCAAGAGCUCUUGCGACCGACUCAGCUCAGAUUAGGGAUAUCCAAGACUGUCCCGGCGUGCGAGUCGUCGAUGCUGGCUACAGUGGCUGUUGUGGGCCGACUACGACUACGCAAACGACAACACCUCUUAGCUGUGCUACAUUUGUGAACGAUGGCACUAGUUACACAGAGGUAAUCGCAAGUAUUAGUAGAAAUCUGCAGGCGAUCAUCACAAGCUUUGGCACAACACUUGAUAGCCAGGCCAUACCAACUGUCACAAGCUCCGGAGAGGUAUCGUCAAAAACUUCAGAGGGUGCUGCAGCGGAUUCAGUCCCUCGAAUGGGAUUAGCAGGUGGCGGUAUUCUAGCAGCAGCAGCAGCAGCAUUAAUCUAAGUCGACGGCUAGAUAUAUGUCUUAAUUCUUAUAUUGAAUGUUAAGCAAAGGGCAAGAAGGGACUAAAUUAUUCAAAUUAGAACAACAACACAUAUGCGAUCAUCACAUAACUGAAACCCGGCUGAUUGACUAGGAGUGCCGAAGAAGAUACCGGAAAGAGUAUUUGACAAGGGGCCUGAUUGGAUGGAUGCAAUAAUUGGCUUUUUCGAAAUUCUAGAAACUCCAUAUGGUUAUAAUUAACUAGGUUAGCAGGUGCAGCCAGUUCAAUUACGGAGCUUGAUUUUUAUUCAUAGAUCGUAUGACCGGUUUCAACGCCUUUUCUUCUUCUUCUUAUUAUUAUUACUCCUG